AUGGCUACCAAGUAUAAGAAGAGACUCGUCAUGGACAUCACGGCGACCAUCACAGCAUCCAGAAUCAGUUCAACAACAGUGUCCACCAGUUACAGUCCGGCUCCAGUGCCAUUGCUACAGUAUCAGCACCGCCAGUCGACGGAGCCGAGCUACAGACCCAAGUACGAAGCGGAUCAACACCUGCCUCGCAUCCUCAUGUUUCAUGGCGGUGGCACGAAUUCUCGCAUCUUUCGAGCACAAACGCGUGUGGUACGCAGGCUACUACGACCAUACUUCCGCUUCGUCUUCGUAGAGGCACCUUAUGUCUCUCACCCUGGCCCCGAUGUGGUGAAAGUGUUCGAAGGCAUGGGUCCUUUCAAGGGUUGGCUACGAUGGCGAGACGACGACUGCUAUCGAGGACACGUCGAAGCCACACAACGAAUACACGAUGCCAUCGAAGCCGCAAUGGUUGAAGACGACAUGCGAGGCGGUGAUGGGGAAUGGGUGGGCUUGAUGGGCUUCAGCCAGGGUGCCAAGCUCGCCGCCUCUCUACUCUACACACAACAAUAUCAACAGGAAGUGCUCGGCAAGCCUUCAUCAUGGCCGCGGUUCAGAUUUGGAAUCCUAUUGCAGGGGCGAGCACCGCUGGUAUGGCUCGACACCGAGGAAGAAAUGCCCACAGGAUUGGUGGACGCGGCGGCGUUGAGCACAGCACAAUUCAACAAGUUGGCGCCUAUUCCGCUCGGAAGGAGACUGCAUAUCCCAACACUACAUGUGCAUGGACUACAGGAUCCAGGGCUCCAGUACCACAGAAGCUUGUUACACAGAAACUGUGACCCAAAGACUACGGGACUGCUGGAGUUGGAUGUGGGACAUCGAGUGCCCAUCAAGCCGAUGGACUGCACAGCCUUGAAAGAAGAGAUUCUUGCGAUAGCUAGAAAGACCAAUGCAAUACUAUGA